AUGUCGGCCUUCAGGACACUAGGUUGGCUGGAUCGAUUCCUUGCUGUGUGGAUAUUUCUCGCCAUGGUCGUAGGGGUGCUCUUGGGUAAUUUUGUUCCGGAGACUGCAUCAGCUCUUGACAAGGGCAGGUUUGUUGGAGUUUCGGUCCCAAUAGCCGUGGGCCUACUCGUCAUGAUGUAUCCAAUUCUCUGCAAGGUUCGCUAUGAAGCUUUGCAUGAGAUCAUGUCGCAUCGUGGAAUGUGGAAACAGAUCCUCUUCAGCGUAAUCAUGAAUUGGAUCGUGGCCCCUUUUUUCAUGUUUGGUCUGGCGUGGGCAUUCCUGCCAGACAAAAGCGAGUUGCGUGCGGGGCUCAUCCUUGUGGGCUUGGGACGAUGUAUCGCGAUGGUUCUCAUCUGGACGGGCCUCGCUGGCGGCCAUGGAGAGUAUUGCGCAAUCCUCGUGGCCAUCAAUUCAAUCCUUCAGAUGUUCCUCUUUGCCCCAUUGGCCGUUCUUUUUAUUCGCGUCUUCGGUCACAGCUCCGAUUCACUGGACAUCUCAUACUCGGUUGUUGCCACCAGCGUUGCCGUAUUCCUCGGCAUUCCCCUGGGUGCGGCCACCGUGACGCGCUUCGCCUUGCGUGGUCUCAAGGGUGCGGAGUGGUAUGAAAGGGUAUUCAUCCGGUUUGCAGCACCGUGGUCAUUGAUCGGCCUGCUGUACACGAUUCUGGUCCUCUUCGCAUCGCAGGGCCACCGAGUCGUGCAUCAAAUCGUCUCGGUGGUCCGUGUGGCUGCACCACUAAUGGUUUACUUCAUUGUCAUCUUCUUUCUAACGUUGUGGGUCACCCAUAGACUCGGUUUCGGAUAUGCUCUAGCCGCCACGCAAAGCUUUACCGCUGCGAGCAACAACUUUGAGCUAGCUAUUGCGGUUGCUGUUGCGACGUUUGGGGCCAACAGCGAUCAGGCUCUGGCAGCAACUGUAGGACCACUCAUCGAGGUGCCUGUGCUGCUUGGUUUGGUGUAUGUUGCAAAGCUUGUCGGAAGACGAUUCAGUUGGAAGUAA